GCUCCUGGUCAACUUUGAACAGGAGGAGAAGCAACUUUGGCAGUGGCCGCGGGUUUCGAACCCCGCUUCUCCUGGGCAGCAGUUGCCUCGUUAGCCGCUGGGGUUAGGGGAGCAAGAGUUUCCUGGGCGCAUCUGCGCUGCGUCUGGCUGUUUGCAACCUGUUUUCAGCGAGCGGGGAGCGGGCUUGCAGCUACUAGUCCUCUGAAGGAGGGGAACUUAUUUUUCUUUGCCUUAGCGACCUCGGCUCUCUGCUGGAGAAAGCAGUAUCGAAAGGAUGUAAACAGGCUGAGCAACCGUUACCAAGAAGGCCAUCACCCCAGGGCAGGGAGGAGCGCGGGGCUUGGUCGCAACAUUAAUCAUCAGUCAGGUGUUGGUUGCAACUUUUCAAGGUCAGCCACCGGGAGCAGCGAGUCCCUUUCUGAACCUUGGGGAUACGCAGCGCUCAGGUUGGAUUUGGCUGAGAAAUGCACAGGGCACCGAACGAGGAAGGAUUGUAGAGCAGGAGGGUUGUGACCCCAAGACCCAUCCCCCAACCUCCCCGUAAUCUCCCGUCCGCAGCUGCCGGGGCGGGGGUGACUAUGUGACAUGUGUCUAACUCUCAGCAGCAACUUUGGCAGCAGGUGUUGAUCUUAAGCAGGAGCCGCGGCUGCCGGGCGCCCUCACCGAGCCAUGCGGACCCCAGGCGCGCCUCUUGCCCGAACCUCGCGGCUGCUGCUUCUGUUCCUGCUCAAGGUUUCUGCCUCUCCUGCCCUCGGGUCCGCCCCUGCGCCCAGGAACGAAACUUGUCUGGGGGAUAGCUGUUCACCUACAUUGAACCAGCGUCGCAGCAGGGACACUUGGGGACCAGGGAAUUCUGCAGGAUACCUUCUACUAACCCGUGCGCCCAGGAAAGACGAGCAGGAGGCAGCAGUGCGCGUGGCGCCCUCGUGGGACCUACCGGCCCCCCGCGGAGCUGACCCAGGUGCGAGCAGAGGGGCGGGGGCGUCACCAGCCGAGCCCUCGGGUCCCCCAGCCAGGCCUCCAGGCGCCUGGAGGUGGAAAGGUACCCGGGGUCAGGAACCCCUUGGAACUUUGGGGAGAGGGAACCCCACGGCUCUUCAACUCAUCCUUCAGACCAAAGAAGAGGAGGAGGAGGAGAAGGGUCCAAGAGGCAGUGGCAUUUCCGGGCGCAGUCAGGAGCCCAGCGUGAGGACAGAACCCGGAGCCAGCGACCUUUAUUACUGGCCAAGGAGAGCCGGGAAACUCCAGGCUUCCCACCACGACCUCCCACCCAAGACGGUCAAUGGACCGUCUGGGCACGAAAGGCGGAUGAUUGCACCCCCCGGCAGGGCACUGGCCCAGAAUGGGUCCUCGGGUGAAGGGAUCCCCGAACGCGGGGGUCCCCGCCGGGGAAACAGCACAAACCGGCGCUUGCGACUGAAGAACCCCUUCUACCCGCUGACCCAGGAGUCCUACGGAGCCUACGCGGUCAUGUGUUUGUCGGUGGUGAUCUUUGGGACCGGCAUCAUUGGCAACCUGGCGGUGAUGUGCAUCGUGUGCCACAACUACUACAUGCGGAGCAUCUCCAACUCCCUGUUGGCCAACCUGGCCUUCUGGGACUUCCUCAUCAUCUUCUUCUGCCUCCCACUCGUCAUCUUUCACGAGCUGACCAAGAAGUGGCUGCUGGAGGACUUCUCCUGCAAGAUCGUGCCCUACAUCGAGGUCGCUUCUCUGGGCGUCACGACCUUCACCUUGUGUGCUCUGUGUAUAGACCGCUUCCGUGCUGCCACCAACGUCCAGAUGUACUAUGAAAUGAUUGAGAACUGCUCCUCAACCACGGCCAAACUGGCUGUUAUUUGGGUUGGUGCUCUGCUGUUAGCGCUCCCAGAAGUGGUGCUCCGGCAGCUGAGCAAGGAGGAGCUGGGCAUCAGUGGCCGGGCGCCUGUGGAGCGCUGCGUUAUAAAGGUCUCUCCCGACUUACCAGACACCGUCUACGUUUUAGCCCUGACCUACGACAGUGCGAGGCUCUGGUGGUAUUUUGGCUGUUACUUCUGUUUGCCCACCCUCUUCACCAUCACCUGCUCCUUAGUGACUGCCAGGAAAAUCCGCAAAGCAGAGAAAGCCAGUACCCGAGGGAACAAGCGGCAGAUUCAGUUAGAAAGCCAGAUGAACUGUACAGUGGUGGCUUUGACCAUUUUGUAUGGAUUUUGCAUCAUUCCUGAAAAUAUCUGCAACAUUGUUACUGCCUACAUGGCGACAGGGGUUUCCCAGCAGACGAUGGACCUGCUGAAUGUUAUCAGCCAGUUCCUGUUGUUCUUUAAGUCCUGUGUCACCCCGGUCCUUCUCUUCUGUCUGUGCAAACCCUUCAGCCGGGCCUUCAUGGAGUGUUGCUGCUGCUGCUGUGACGAGUGCAUUCAGAAGGCAUCCACGGUGACCAGCGAUGACAAUGACAACGAAUACACCACAGAACUGGAACUCUCGCCGUUUAGUACCAUCCGCCGGGAAAUGUCCACGUUUGCUUCUGUUGGAACUCAUUGCUGAAGGGUGACAUUUGGUCUGGUUAGAUGUUUUUGUUCGUUUGUUUGAUUUUCAUACCCUGUGGAAGUUUUUACUUCCUAUUUUUCCUUACUGGGAAAUAAAUGCAAAAAGAAAUAUUAACUACUGUAGAACUGAUUUUGCAAAUUAAUAUUUGUGCUUUGAAAAAAAAGUUUAUAUUUAGUUAUUUAAGACGUAUGAGAAGGCCAACAGUUUAGAUCAUUUUCUCUGGUACGGUGCUAAUAUUUUAUGUGAAAAAAGUUACGGCACCUUAACUUAAUUAAUUGCUAAUUUUCUUUCUUUUUAAAAUAUAAUCACUGUAUAUUGAUUAUAGCCACGUGAUUUUAUAGAUUAUUUUAUGUUUGAGUUGAGACGGAAAGUAUAUUGUAUAUGGUAUCGUUAGAUGAUUUGUAGAUAAGAAGCAUUCACAAAGUAGCACCAAAUAAAUUACACUUUAUUCUUUAAUGUCCUUGUCCUA